AAGAAAUUGAUACACAAAUAAUUUUGAAGGCGAAAACAUGUCGAGUGGUGUCGGAGUGACUGGAACCCUUGGUCGGUGCUAUCCCUUUUUUGCUGACUUGAAGAAGUGUGUCGUAAGUMCAAGCUGCUUGGUUGUGUGAUGUGCUCUCUUUGCAUUGCACAAACAGGAUUCUGUGUAGUUCAAUUAGAGAAUUCCAAUUUUAAAUUUUUGGAACGGAGAUMAAUCUCGUUUCUGUUUCGAACUGUCAUCGGACGUCUCAUCCGCCGCACCUUCCUCUGCUUUUUCAUUUGGGCUGCAGUCCAGGAAAACCGCAGAUAGCCCSCAAGCAAUGUGCUGGGGCGAAAACGAAGAUUACUUUGAAUGCAUUCACGGGUUCAAGGAAAAGAAGCGCAGACUUCAGGUCAUCGAAGAAAAGAAGAGAAGAGAGGCACUAGGAACAAAAUUCGACAUCCAUUCGGACUCUGGUGUAACGGACGACUUCUUCUCAAAGCCACUCACUGCCGGAAAAAUUAGAGCAAAAGCAGCGGCGUCGAAUUAAUGAYCAUCGACCAUAWAMGCUGAUCGUUCGAGGCAGCCUUUUACACUGGUGGGCUUUUUUCUUGUAGAUCCUGAAGAUACCAACACUUGCGGUAUCCCCUUGUCCAUCGGAAUCGGUUCCGGUAACCAUCUUCAUUUUAAGAACUAAACACAAAUUGAAAAUACAAUCUCGGUCGUCUUUCUGGUAUCAAACAAAUAACAAUCUCAGUG